AUGACGGAAACUCGUUCAGUAUGUGUAUACUGUGGUUCUAGCUUCGGUAACAAGGAAAAGUAUGCUGGUCAUGCUGAGGCCCUUGGUAAACUAUUCCACCAAUUGGGAUGGAAGUUGGUCUACGGUGGAGGCACCACGGGUCUCAUGGGUCAAAUUGCAAGUGCAACAAUGGGACCUGAACUAGAUGGUAAAGUCCUUGGUGUUAUUCCUGAUGCAUUAGUGGUUAGAGAAAGAGAUUCAAACACUGAAGAUUUUAACGAAAAGAUCAAAGAAAAUGUUGAUAACCACAAGGGCUCAACGCCACUUUCUUCAGCUUAUGGUGAGACUAUAGUGGUUCCCGAUAUGCAUACAAGGAAGAGAAUGAUGGCCAGAGAAAGCAAUGCGUUUGUUGCUAUGCCAGGUGGGUAUGGUACGUUGGAAGAAGUUAUGGAAUGUAUAACGUGGUCGCAAUUGGGGAUCCAUGCAUACCCAGUAGUUCUUUACAAUAUCGAUGGAUUCUUUGACCUUUUAUUGAAACACAUUGAACAUUCCAUUGAGGAAGGAUUCAUCAGUAAGAAGAAUGGUGAAAUUGUUCAAGUUGCUACUACACCAGAGGAAGUGGUCGAAAAAAUCGCCAACUACGUGGUUCCUGAAGGUAGAUUCAGUUUGCAAUGGAAGGAUGAGGGAGAGCAUGGUAAAUAG